GGUCACUUCAGUGUGAAACAGCGGCGCAUCAACUGGCCUCCAAGCCAUGCCCCUCCUUGAUGCUUUGCAGCUGGCUAUUCCUUCUUUUCCAGCCACUACGUGCGCAGAGGCAACUUCUUGGCCGCGGCUUGGAUUCAGGACUUGCUCUAACUUCCUGCGAGACCUCAGAGGAUCUUCAGCUCUGGGUGGAUUGGUCCCUCAGACCACCAGGCCGCGCCCAGCUGUUGGGUGUUCAGGUCUUCUCAGAAGUGGAGGAGGACGUUGUCUUAAUCGCACAGCUUCAAAGGCAUGGCGAUCUGCUGACGCUGAAGGAUGUCCGUCAAGUGGCCUUGCAUGAGAAGUCUGACAGUCUCCAGGGCUUGCUCGGCCAACGCAUCCUGUACGGCAGCAUCGAUUUUGCCAUGGAUGAUAAAGAUCUACUUGGUAUGAUACAUUCCUGCCACAGCAGAAGUCCUUCAAGUGACCCAGUCCAACCUGAGCAGCGGCAGGCUUUAGCAUUUACGCUUGAGGGGGAGCUGCAGCCAGGAUACCAGGUCCAGUUGUCGCAGUCCGAUUGGGUAAUGCCCUUGGCCUGGGCAUUCUCCUUUGAAGUGAUCGAAGGAACAGCUGCUGCACGAGCAGGAGGCGCAAUUCAGAUUUUGGCGCGGGUGUUGAAGGAGGCAAAGUGCUUCAACGAGGAUGCCUUGCUGAAGAACCUUCGCAGUCUAUCUGCUUGCACAUGGGUGCGCUCCUACCCCACCUACAUUCUCCACACAGGGAAAAUGGAAGGUGCAGAUGAUCAGCAACUGCUCUCAUGGAUGGACGGCAUCCGCUCUACUGCAGGCAUAGAUCUGCGAUUCCUGGAUGUAUCUGAGGACUUCGAGCGGGUGGAGGUCGGGGAUUCCAAGGUCAAGCUUGACGAGCAUGACUUGCUGUGGCUCGACUCCACUUUGUCCAACUCUCCGGAGAUUCGCAAGACAAGACCGAGGCGUCAUCAGGCCGGAUACCGCCAUAUGUGUAGAUUCCAGACUUCAACUGUCCUGCAAUUGCCAGCGUUCCAGCAAAUGCGAUAUUUGCUCCAUCUCGACUCUGAUGCCACUUUCCGUUGUGAAGGAUCGCGGUCUUUGGAUCCCUUCAAGGAGAUGGCCCGGAGAGACUAUGUCUAUGGGCUUUUCGAGGUUGGGCUGGAAGAUCCUGGAUGUACGAUUGGGUGGUCAAACUUCUUGAAGGAGUGGGUUCUCCUAAAUGAUCUCGAACUUCCAAAUCCUGCAGCUGCUCUUUCAACGGCGGGCAAAAACAUCAGUCAACUGGACACCAGCAACGACACUGAGAAGAUGGUUGAAGUUUCCUUGGACUCCCUGUCUCUUACAUGGGGAACCGCUUGGGAGGUACUGGACCUCGACUUCUUCACCUCAGCUGAAGUGAUGCACUUCACAAAACGGGUGGAGGGAACCUUAGGGCAUUACAGGUACCUUUGGGGCGACCAUUUAAUACGUGCCUAUCAGGUCUUACUCUAUGCUCCGUUGGAACGUGUGCGUUGCUUUGAUUCCGACGAGUUGCCUGGAAGUCAUGGAUGCUCGGGCGACAACCAGUUUGACUCGGAGGACGCGGAGGGCGAAUGGCACAACGUCUAUGGCGUGGUGGAUGAUAUCAGUUGUCCCCAUUUGUGGAUUGAAAGUGGUCUGAAGGGUGUUGAGUGGCUUGGGGGACCUGGAAGCGGGACUUCUCCAACAGCUUGCCUCAAAUUGUGUAACCAGCGGCCUCAUUGUCAGGGCUUCGACUUUGUGUAUCGAGAAAGCUCUCAAACUGCUGACUGCGUGCUUCGCAGUGGACGCGCUGAAGACGAGGAGUGUAACGUCGGUGGAGUAGAGGGUGCUGCCAUGGAGCCCUGGCUCCAGAUUGGUGGCACCAAUUUGGUGACCAAGGUUGGAGCUGCCAAUCGUUACGAGCUCAUUGAAAAAAUAGUGGAGAGGCAGAUGAAUUGCAGCGAAUGGCGAGAGGAACUUGCUGAGAAGAUCCGCAAAGCAGAGAUAACGAGCUUACAAGAUUUGCCGUGAGCAAAAGAA